UUCAGAACAUAAUGAAGGUGUUAUUUCAACAACUCUAUCGUACAUACACAUUGUUUCCAACAUACGUUGUCAUCAAAUUUCCAUUUUUUCCCCAGUCCACUCCGAGCACGAAGUCCUUGCACGCAGAUCAAAACUAGCUCAAAAUGGCAAAUCUGAUCCAAAAAAACCCCAAACCUUUACCAAAAAUCAAGGAUAAAACGCUGAAUUUUUCAUUGCUGGCCAACUGGUUUGUCAAAACUUCAAACUUCUCCUUUCUUAACUCGGAUUUUGGAGGUUUGGUUUUUUAUUUCUGUAACUCUUGAAACCUCUUAUUCAAAGAUUUUGAGCAAGCCUAUAUCAGAGGGAUUGAGCUCCUGGAAAACCCUGAAGGCCGAUUCUUGAACAACCCCUUUUCAUCUGUUUAUCAUGGCGCGAAAGAAGAAGACACCUGGGCUCAACGCAAAUGCUGAGCGAGAGUAUACAAUCAAUUCCAGUGUCUCUGCCAGAAAUCUGACAAAGAGUGAACUUGGUGCAGUCAUAUUUGCCUGCAAAAAUUUCACAAUCUCAGAAUGCAAAAAGAACAAUCUAUUUGGAUUACCAUCAGGGCACUUCUCCUAUGUGAGGAAUGUAACUCCUGGUUUAGUUCUGUUCCUGUUCAACUGCAGUGACAGGAAACUCCAUGGCAUUUAUGAAGCCAUAAGCCCAGGUCAACUAAGUAUCAAUCCUCAUGCCUGGACUGGGAAUAGCAAAGAGUCCACAGCCUAUCCAGCACAGGUGCGAGUUCGUGUAAGAAAUCAGUGCAGUCCUUUGUCUGAGGAACAAUUUGGUCCUGUAAUCGCUGAUAAUUAUCAUGAUUCCAGUAACAGAAAUCUUUUUUGGUUUGAGCUGGACCGUACUCAAACCAGAAAGCUACUAGAACUUUUCUUACGUUCAGCAUUACCAGGGAACUCGGCACUGAACAAGUUACCUAUACAUGGUGAAGGAGCAAAAAGCCCCAUUGUAGAACGUGUUGCCAAUAUUGCACAUGGGGCGGACAAGGAACAGGAAACAUGGGACCAAAGUCCUGCAAACCUUAAUCAAGAAGGUGAAUGUUCUUAUGUGUUUGCCCUCUGUGGUACAAGCAAUGCCCUUCCUCAGAAGCCAUGGAGUUCACUAUUUAAAUCUUCAGCAGCUUCUGAAAGCAUAUCAAGAGACGAAGAUCCACAGCCACAGACUUCAGCUUUUGUGCCUUCAUCAUAUAUUACUAAUGUGAAAUGGGAAGAUUCACGCGUUCCAUCUUCUCGACACAGUCAAGACUAUGGUUAUGGAGGUUAUGCAGAUCAAUGGGAUACAGAAAUAACUGUAAUGCCUGUGAGAAGAGAAAGUGAAGUCUUCAAGUCAGUAGCUUCAGAAUUAGAUGUUGAUCAUUCUGGUGAUUCAAAUACUGAUUGGGAAUUGUCAUAUGAUCCCCAAUUUUCUCCUUUGGAAGCUUUCAGGGACAAGCAUGCAAGAGACAUAAACAUUGACCUGGGGAGUUCUUUGAAGGAUUCAGGGGAUCAACCAUUUGAUUUAGAGUCCAUGGUUUAUCAGCUAAUGCAAGCGGUUGAAGAUUUGAAGGCAUCACAGCUCAAACAAAAUCUCAGAAUCAGUUCCCUGGAACACCAGAUUCAAUCAAUGGCAGAGGCUCAAAGUUUGAAAAAGCAUUUUGAGAUGUUUACUUCAAGCCCAACUUCCUCUUCUAGUGAGGAAGUAUACUACGAUGCGCAUGAAUUUCUGUCGCAACCCGAUGGACAAUGACAAACUUGAAAGCUCUUGGGAAAAGAAAGUUUAGUUUCUGCUCUAAAAAUGUUGUUAUCUCACACUCUCAAUUAUCAAUCUUAGGUUAGGUCUUUGAUGCAGCAAUUGGUUCCAUAUAAUGCAGUGUUGUUAGUUGUAGUAUAGUUACAUGUUUGGCUGAGGACUUGAGGUUAGCGAGUUUCAUCUUCUUGUAUCAAAAUAAAAAAUAAUAAAAAAACAGUUUCAUCUUCUAAGUUCACAGCUUUGAAUUUAUAACCGUAUGCGUUGUAAUAGUUUAUGUAUCGUUUAAUAAAGUUACAGGUGAUAAUGGUUUAUUUGUUACAUAAAAGUAUUACAAUUAACUCUGAAUUUAGUAAGAAAUUGGGGGAUAUUUUCUAUUAUUAGUGCAUUCUACUUAACUAGUUUUCAUGUUUUUGUUAGGUUGGGGUUUGAUUACACAAUUGCUGAAAAAUUGAGGCCAAUGGAAUAAAUUGUGGGCUGCUAAGUCAAUGUUGCUGAGCUGGACGAAGAAGCACAUCCUUAGACAAGAAGCAUCUUGUCAUUAAUGAGUAUGUCUCCUCAAGAGGCAUGCUUGUCCCCCAGCCGAAAUUUCAGCCACCCUUGCUGAUCAAUGAGAGCAAUGCUGC